AUGUUGAUAUUACACGACGAAGCUUACUAUGAGAGAAGAAAACCUCAACCCGACUUGGGAGCAGUCGACAAUUUCAAGCGAUUCGUAUGGAAUCCGAAUAAAAGAUCAUUCCUUGAUAAAACGUUGGAGGGUUGGGCACAAACUGGUUUAUUCUAUAUGGUUUUUUUCGGAAUCAUAUUUUCAUUGUUUGCUUUGAAAUUGUGGAUAACGUUGAAGUAUAUCUACUCAAUGGACAAGCCUUACAUUUUUAUUCCAAGAAACGUGGAUACCACGUUUGAAAAUGGUAGGCGAAUGAUGUUCUUCACAAGAUCUGGCGACGAAGGUCCUGGGCUAAGCUUUAAGCCAAAUAUUUUAACGCCAAUGACAUCACCGAUCAUUUGGAUAAGCCAACGCGAUAACAACGCACAGCCAAGAAAAUACAUCGAAGCUUUAAACGAGUUCUUAGAAGGAUAUACCGAGGAAAACCUACAGUACACAUCACAAUGCGAAGAUGGUAUCGUUUCAACAGCAAACGCGAGAAGGCCGUGUUUUUUCAACAUCAGUGCUCUAGGACCAUGCGGAAAACCACCUUACGGCUAUCUAAAUCGCGAGCCGUGCGUCCUUAUAGCAUUCAAUAAGAUGUUCCAUUGGGAACCUGUUUACUACAAUCCGACUUCCGAUUUACCAUUGGGUAUGCCUGCAUGGUUGAAAAAACUUGUUAGGAAAUCAACAAAGGCGAGUAUAUGGAUUUCCUGCGCCGGAGCUAAUCAGAUGGACAAAGAACAUAUGGGAGAAAUUUUGUACUUACCAAGUCCGAGAUUUCCAGUUGAAUACUUUCCUUACUAUGGCGAUAAGCAUCACAUGCCUCCGUUGGUCGCUUUAAAAUUCAAAAACGUAGCAGUUAACAGACUAAUAACCGUCGAAUGUACAGCGUGGGCACAGAAUAUACAUGCGAAAAAUGGUUAUUCCUUAGACUUCCAGAUUAUGAUAGGCGAGUAACUUACUGUAUAAACAUUGAUUGAUCUUAUUAUAAAAUUUUAUGAAUAUUGGUGAACAAUAAUGA